UUUAUUUUUGUGCAGUGAUUUAUUUUAGACAAAGAACAUUUUACAUUUACAUCCCGUCCAGAAUGUAAGCCAGCAUCAGCUUCCCACUUGCGCGAUUCAUUUGCAGUCUGGACGCGGAGGGGUGAACAUCUCCUGCUCUGACUGCAGCUUGGAGGGACUGCUGCGCGAGGACUGGGCUGCCUGUGAGUGCUUUGUGACGGGGGAUUGGGCUCACGGCAGCACCCGCUGCUCGUUGAGAAGAGUAAGAACGAUACGUGCUUUCACGUCAGUCUCCAAAAGUCUCCAAUAACACAAGAUAAAGUCUGGACUCGCCUCUGUCCUUCUGUGGGGUUUAUUGGUGGUUCCCAUCCAACUUUAUGGUGCAUUACUGCCACCUAAUGUACUGGAGCGCCCCCGCCUCCAGACUGUGUACUUAUGGGAUUCCUAUUUUAGAAAUGGACCAACAGAAGUAUAUAUAGUGGGGUUCCUGCCAAUGCCCAAAUGCUUUUAAAGAGCUACAUUUUAGCUAAUGAUUCAUAAAUACACUAGAUGACUAAUAUGUGGUGCUGUGUUGAAACCAACGUGCCUCCAUCUUGUAAAACAUAUUUUGGAAGCUAUAGAAAUGCAUUUAUUAGUGUCUAUAUGUGUUAUAUUACAGACACCUUAAUGAAUAUUGUUUUAUUAUAUUAUCGUGAGAUAAACAAAUGUAAAAAAAUUCUUAAGCUAUAAUUUUUUGGAGAUUUCUAAUGUUACUAAAUACAACCACAAAAAUGCUUUAAUACAUGUACUUUUGUCCUUGAAACAUUUAAUUGAAAUACUGUAGAAUUCCAUUAAUUCCUAUGGAGGGCUGCUUAUAUUUUCUUAAAAUCUGUGCCACUCCAUUUAGAUGAAUUGUUACUUUAUGUUACGUUACAUUACAUUGGUCUAUGUACAUCCAGGACACUGAAAUUAGUAUGAUAUGUUAUGUUUGGUCUGACAUUAGAUUACUUAAGACAAAGAUGAAAGAAGCGUGAUUGGAUGUAUAAUGCGAAAAUAUAGCAUCCCAAAGGUUGCGUGUUCGAAUCUCAUCACAGACAACUAUAGCAUUUUAGCUAAUUAGCAACUUUGCAAUUACUUACUACUUUUUAGCUACAUUGCAACUACUUAACAUGGUAGCUAACCCUUUAACCUAACCGCUAGCCCUAACCUAACGUAGCAUAUCAUACUAAAGAAGUCAAACAAAACAUGUCAUACUAAAUUAUCAAGACGUAGGAUACUAUACAUCUUGCAAUUCAUAUGAUAUUGUACGACCGCUACAACAUUGGUUGGUCAGUGUAAUGUAACAUAUCACACUAAAUGGAGGUGCUGGAUUUUAGUGGAAUAUAAUACGCUUUGCUCUGAGACCAGGUUGCACUGGGGAAUGACAAUAUGGCUUCAAAGCCUCAAUGGUCAACCAUAACAUCAACAAUCUAGGGUUUAUGUAUACAUAAUUGAGUCCAGCUGGCACACAGGUCAGUACAGACGGUGGUGACUGUCAUGUGAGGUAUGGAAAGUAAACAAACAAGCAAAUAGGCUAUAGAGCUAAUCAGAUACAGCACAACGGGCAGCAACCAUGGGAACCCCCAUGAUCUGAGGUUUCAGAUCGCGAUGAAAGUAGCCUGGUCCUAGGCCAGUUGAAAGGACAUAUCCUAACUGCUGGGGCUUUUAUCAGACUCGCAACUGCCCUCAACCGACACGAAGAAUGUAAUUACACCGUUACCCAUCAGCAAGGGACUUCUGGGUUGCUGGCGGAAUGUUUUUUGGCGGGCACUUCGGCGACCCAGGUGUUUUAGGACAACGUCCGCGGUUCGGCUGCCCUGUUAUCGCCAUAGCCUAAUAUAACAACACAUCAGCCUUAACCGGCGUCUAGCCUGCUUUACCUUCGAUAGUCAAUCGUCGGCGCUUGCAUGCUCUACUGAAGUUAGUUGGAUAGUUUUCCAAAAGAUCGGAUUUACAAUGAAAGCCAAGACUGGGGUCAUCCUAGUCAUGCUUGCUGCUUUCGUUUAUGUUGCAGCACAGGAUGCUGAAGCCGAGCAAAAUGUUGUGGAAGAGUUAUUGGUGGAAACCUUGGUGAAACCCGAAACUUGCUCUAUAAUGUCAGAAAUGGGAGACACGCUACAAAUCCACUAUACGGGUAAACUGCUGGCAGAUGGCAAGGUGAUUGACUCAUCACUGUCCCGGGACCCCCUUGUUGUUGUGCUGGGAAAGAGGACCGUUAUCCCUGGUCUGGAACAGAGCUUGGUAGGAGUUUGUGAAGGACAAAAAAUCAAGACUACUAUUCCACCACACCUUGCCUAUGGAAAGCGAGGAUACCCUCCCACCAUCCCAGCUGAUGCUGCCCUAGAGUUUGAAGUGGAGGUGAUGUCACUGAUCCAGGUAACCCCAUGGCAGAAGAUGGUGAAUGAUGUCUUCCCUCUAGUGUGUCUGGGCCUGGUUCCCACUCUGCUGGGCAUGGUGGGCCUCUACCUCUAUAACAAGGCCAAUGCCCAGCGGCCAGGCAAGAAGGCCAAGAAGAGAAAGAAUAAAUAAAGGAAACUCACAGAACUAUUUAAAUAAUAAAAUGUAAAAACAACAAGGGAAUGUUGUUAUUAUCGGA